UUGUAUCGACGGUUUCGUUCCAGGCAACACUGUAAAAGUGGCGAGAAAUUCUUGGCAAGAUUCGCAUGCAAUGGACUGCUAUUCGAUGACACAUUCGACGUGACACGCUAUUCUUUUCGCCUAGCCUCCCUACUUGUUGCGACUGCUAGCGGGAGAGGGUUUCCCUGUUGCUCUUUGAUUUCUUAUCGCAUAACGUCGAAAGAACUAUCCAAAUCGAUUCCGCACUUAGACAAGCGAUAUAGUAUGACAAGCGAUACCAAUAUUUUUUACAAUGCAUAUGACGUAAACUUUCGUGUAGCACAAAAAAUUCUGUGCUCGUUCCAUAUUUCAAAAUGUGUGAAAAGGAAAUUCGAGGAAACCUUGCAGGUAGUCCUGAUAUCAAGGCACAUAGGGCCUUCAAAAACAUUCGUGAUUAUAGGUGGAAGAUGCGAAGAGGCGACACCAGCUCGUUUCGAACGGGAAUAUGCUGCAUUUAUCCUUGGCUCGCAUCGAAGGGCGGAGUCCCAUUUUGAAGAAAGUGCACGUCAUUUUCUCCGCAAAGGACUUACGGAUGUGCUGAAAGAUCUUAGACUCGCAAUUGAGGAAGCGGGAGAGCGUGCCUGA